AUAUAUAUUUGAUGAUACUAUUUAUUUAUACUGAUUUAGGCGAAUUUAUCAAGUUAUUUUAAUUACAUAAUUGGUAUAUAAUGAAUUCUCUUAAUCUGGCUUCUGGCGAUGACACGACGUUAUCUCCAAGAUCUGUUCAUGUCAAUGUUGAAAAAUUAGAAGAUAAGGAGUUAGCAGACAAUGUAGCUACAAUAAAGUCUGAACAAAAUGAAAUCACUACUAAUAUGAUUGACAAAAAUGAAAUGAAAUUGAAACAUAGGAUUGGACAAUGUCGAGAAAUAAUAGAAUCGUUCAAGAUGGAAUUAAAGGAAGAAAAGGCUAAAUUAGAAAAAGAAAGCAAAAUUCGUCAAUGUUCAUAUGUAUCUGAAUGUGCACGAUUGCUCCCGUCGCCAUAUCCAGACGUCUCUUUUUCGGACAUCUAUACGGAAGAAUUGCCAAGUGCAAGAAAUAUUUAUGAGGCUAGUGUAGAUAGUAAACUAAAAUGCGAUGAAAAUCUCAUAGAAUAUGAGAAACAGUUGCAAAAAUACCAGAACACAUUGAAUAUGGUUCAACUAGAGAAGAAAAAUAUCAUCAGAAAACAAAUGCUGGCUAAGGCUUAUAGGUUUAAGAUAUUGGAAGUGGAAAAUCAAUGUAAUAUUGAAUUACUGCGAAUUAAACAGAGCUUACAAUGUCUGAAGCCAUUGCAAAUGAUUGUGAACAAGUGGAAAUGUGAGACAGAUAAGUCUUCAUCUGAUUUAAAUAACUUGGAAUUGAUGCCUAUAUAUUCAGAAUUAAGUACAAACAGUACUGGAAAUGCUAUAAGGUUUUCUAAAGAUUCCAACUAUACUAGUGAGACCUUAGAAAAACUUGUACAAGGUGAUCUAAGAUGCACAUCAUCUAAUUAAUAAUUUUAUCAAUAUUUUCUUUGUUAUUCAUGUUAUAGUUAUGGUAUAUUUAUUGUUCUUAUUGUAUUGAGACAAAGAUAAAAGAGGGAAUCCGAGUUCCUACCUUCUUUAAUUUUUAACUUGCUUUAAAAAGAGAUUUAGAAAAUUUUCGUAUUAUAUAUAUUCUAAUGGCACAUCUUUUAGCUGAUUCUGGGUUGAUAUUGACUGUAAACGAUUUAAAUUACUCCCGGUUUAGUUUAUUGAUUACGUACCUAC